AUGAAUGCAGCCUUGGCAUUUGAAGCAAGAAAUCAAUCCAGUAUCGUGGAUACAAGACUUGGGGUUGAGAUCAAAAUAUUGGACAUAAAUGACCACGCACCAAAAUUUCAAAAGUCAGUCUAUGAAGUGACUGUGGACGAGUCACAUGAUCAAGGCAAAGAAGUACUGACUGUACUGGCUUUUGAUGAGGAUGAUUCAAGUACAAACAAUGGAACAUUCGUUUUCACAAUCAAGUCUGUCACACCAAAGACAGAUAAUGUUGAAUUUUAUAUUCAGCAGCGAAAAGAAUCUGGGAACAUUUAUUUUAAGGGGUGUUCGGACUUUGAGAAAGCUCAGAAAUACACAAUCCUUGUUGAAGCAAAGGACAAAGGAGAAAAGAUACAGCUCUCAAGUACAAGUACACUGAUAAUCAAUAUUUCAGACAAUAACGACCAUCUUCCAGAGUUCUCUGGCAAAACGGGGCCAGGGAAGGUCAAGGAGAGAGAAGCUGGGGUUGAAGUUCUGCGACUGCAAGUAACAGACAAAGAUGUCCAUGGUUCAAAAGCUUGGAAAGCCAAAUACACAAUCCACGAAGAUAAAAAUGAGAUAUUCAAAAUAGAAACAGACCCUGUUACGAAUGAAGGGAUUUUAACAGUUGUUAAGCAAACGGACUACGAGGAGCAAACAAAUCACAAUCUGUCCAUCAGUGUGCAGAAUGAAAUUCCUUACUUUUCCUGUAAGAUUAAAAAGAAAGUACAGAAUGCCAUGUGGGAGCUCGACAAAAUACCCCCAAACUCUGACACACGUUCUGCAAACCUCUAUAACAGAAUUCCAGUGACCAUUUAUGUAGAAGAUGUCAAUGACCCUCCGGUGUUCAUACCCCCUGUUAAACACGUUGUGGUAAUGGAGAACAUAGAUGUAGGAACAAGUCUUACAACCUUCACCGCUAAAGACAUGGAUGGAAGCCACGUAAACACAUUUACAUUUGUUAAAGGUGAAGAUAUUAAUAAAUGGAUAACUAUUGGUGCAAAGACUGGAGAAGUAUCCACAAUUAAAAUUCUGGAUAGAGAGUCACCAUUUGUGAUAAACGGCACCUAUACAGCAACCCUGUAUGCUGUUGAUGAAGGUGUUCCUCCACUGACAGGCACUGGAACUCUAGUCAUUCACCUGAAUGAUCAAAAUGAUAAUGUACCAAUUCUGGAGAGGAAUGCAGUCAGCAUUUGCAUAGAUAAAGAGCCCACAAUGGCCAACAUCACAGCCGUAGACCUGGACUUUCCUCCAUUUGGAUCGCCUUUCUACUAUGAGAUUUUAGGAGAUGUUAAGGACAAAUGGAGGGUUGAACCAGAUUAUGGCACAACAGUGAGUCUUGUAAAAGGAAAAGGUGUGUAUUCAGGUCAUCACCUCCUCCAGAUGAAAAUAUCAGACCAGCAGGGAUUUUACUCCAUCCAGAACCUGACGGUCAUGGUGUGUGACUGCUCUAUCACUCCCGACUGCUACAUCAGGAUGGUCCCACAGGCUCGGAUGGGGCCUGGUGCGGCCUUGAUAGUUGUUCUCGCAAUUCUGAUUCUUUCAGCAAUGUGCUUAAUGAGUCUACUGUUAUCCUGUAAGGAAAAGAAAAAAAUGAUUUUGAUAGAUGAUGGCCUCGGUCAUAUCAUCAAAUCAAAUACAGAAAAUUCAGGAACAGACUGCAUGGUAAUUUCAUCACACAACAUACAGUAACUGUUUUUCAGUAAUGUAUGUAUUUGUGCAUUUUAUCAUGUUUCAGGUAACACUUCACAGCAAGGUUUUAUGUCAACAUUA